AUGAUCACGCCAUGGGCAUCGGGCGAUGUGCGCCAGUUCCUGGGGCCGGCCUCGUCCCUGUGGUCCCAAGUGCCUCUGGUCCCUGUGCCCCCCACCCACGACCCCGCCGCGCCCCUGCGCUAUGCCCUCGAAAACCUCCUACUCAGGACCAGCACAUGCGUCACAGGGUUGGGCAAGGACACGGACAUGGGACGCGGCAUCUCUGUGUGGGCUGCAGCAGCCGCAGGGCCAGCUGGCGCCAUGCCGCUGAACCCAGCAGCCACCUCUGACCAGCGCUUGUCCCUCGCAGGCACAGAUGUCGACAACAAAACAGAAAACGAGGACGACACUGCCAAGGAGAGCAGCGCCGGCAACUCUCCCAAAGGCCCCCUACCUCACACCUUCGCCCACGGCCCCCCGCUCCGGUCGCUCUCGGCCACCGGCGCGGCGCGCGCCGCCGCGCUCGCGGCGCGCGCCGCCGCCGAGGGCUGGCUCGUCGACCCCUCCCACGUCGAGAUCGGCGCUGAGCUGCCGGGGGGCACUUUCGGGAGCGCGUACCGCGGGCGCUGGCGCGGGACGGACGUCGUUGUCAAGAGCGUGCGCGUGACUAAUGAGCAGGAGCUGGGCAGCUUCCUCCGGGAGCUCGAGUGCCACGAGGCGCUGCGGAGCCACGACAGCGUGCUGCCUUUCGUCGGGGCCGCGGUCUGCGCCGACGCUGGGCGCUUCUGGGCCGUCUCCGAGUACAUGCCCGGCGGCAACCUGGCAGACCUCCUGCGGCGCCACAGGAACGCCCCCGCCUGGGUCAAGGGCCGGUGGCCGCUCUCCCAGCGUCUGCAAAUCGCCCUGGAGGUCGCGACGGCGCUGGCUGCCCUGCAGGUGGGCCCCCGCCCCAUACUCCACCGCGACGUGAAGCCCUCCAAUGUGCUCAUCGACGCGGAGGGGCGCGCCCGGCUCGCGGACUUUGGUCUGUCGCGCCGCGAGUGGGCAGAGGGGGAGGCGGGGAUGACCGGCGAGACCGGUACCUACAUCUACAUGGCGCCGGAGGUCAUGAGGCACGAGCAGUAUGACGGCCGGGCUGACGUGUGGUCGUUUGGCGUCAUGCUGGCAGAGCUCAUAACGACACAGACCCCCUACUCCUGGGCCUACAUGACACCCGUGCAGAUCGCACUGGCCGUCGCCGACGGCAAGCUGUGGCCCGCCCUUCCGUCGCACGUCCCGCCGCGCCUGUCCGCACUCGUCACCGCGUGCUGCAGGCCCGCCCCAGACCAGCGGUCAACGUUUGACCAUAUCGUGCGGGAGCUGGCGUCUGCCGUGGAGGCCGAGCAGCAAAGG